GUAGAACAACAGUAGUAUAGUUAGUCGUAACGUUCCUAGUUUUGUGAAAAUGGUGUUGGAGGAAAUAGUUGAUUAGAUUGGAAAAUUGAUUUUAAUUUAUAAAAAACGUAUGAAAAUAGUUUAGUGAGCUUGUUUUUACAACUUUUUAGUACCUGAAUAAAUUAUAAACAUGAAUCCAAUAAUUUUAGAAGCAACCGCAAAACAUACUUCUACUCUUAUAUUCUUGCAUGGUUUGGGAGAUACCGGCCAUGGUUGGAGUGCCGCUGUUGGGAGUAUAAGGCCAUCUCACAUGAAAGUAAUUUGUCCUACUGCCCCAACAAUGCCCGUUUCUUUGAACGGUGGGUUUCAAAUGCCUUCUUGGUUUGAUUUACGAACAUUAGACAUAUCUGGACCUGAAGAUGAAGAAGGAAUCAAAAGAGCAACCGGCAAUAUACAUCAAAUGAUUGACAAGGAAAUUGCAGAAGGUAUUCCGUCAAACCGUAUAUUACUUGGUGGCUUUUCUCAAGGCGGGGCUUUAGCUUUAUACUCGGCGCUAACGUUCAGUCGGCCACUGGGUGGUGUAAUUGCUCUAUCGUGCUGGUUACCGAUGCAUAAGCAAUUUCCCGGAUACAUGGUGCAAUAUGAUGAAAUACCGAUAUUUCAAGCUCACGGUGAUGUGGACCCCGUGUUGCCAUACAAGUUUGGGCAAUUAUCAGCUAGUAUUAUGAAAACAGUUUUGAAACAAACUCAGUUCAAAACAUACAGUGGGUUAUCGCAUUCAUCUUCUGAACAAGAAUUGCAAGACAUAAGGAUGUUUAUAGAUAAUUGGACACAAAAUCAAUAAGAGGCUGUUGUUGCUAAGAGGCUGUUAUUCAAGCAGAUUAAGAGGACUAAAUUCAAAAGUAAAUAUGUAUAUACAAGAAAUUUAAGAUCAAGUAUUGGAACAAAAUAAAAUAGAAUUGAAAUCUGCGUAAUGCAUACAUAAUAAAAUGUGUUUUGAAUUAAGACAUCAAUUAUAAUGCUCUGAAUUCGUAUUGAUUAAAAUAUAAAAUAUAUACUAUACAUA